GAUGCCUGCUUGAAUAAGUUAACCUCCACUUGUAUUUUUAGCCUGAGGAUGAAGCCGAGUACUUUGCUUAGUCCUGCCUGCUGGACACUUUAACAUUUAGAGUUGUCAAGCUUCUAGACCUCUUCUUACUCAUACUGCUGCACACCUUUCAGGCACACUUUGAUGUGGAACUUGAUGAACUUCUCAAAAUUUCUACGCAAUUUCUGGAUUUUAUUUUGACUCAGUAGCUCAUUUGAGAAUAGGAACUUUACCUAUAUUGUGAAGAAACAAACUUGAUCUCUUGUUGACUCUUCAGAACAGAUCUUGGACCACUGCUACUUAAACUCUUUUCACAUGGCUUUGUGGGUCUCGGAAUCCUUUGUUCUGGCUACUCUGGUCACAGUCAAGCAUAUGGCCAUGUCUAAAUGGCUUGGACUACUUAUAAUUCCAGCGUUGCUUGUUUCCUGCAGCAUUGGUGUCGAAUUUUCUAAUGAACCACAUUCCCAAACAAAAUUUCUUGGUGAGUCCUGCAUUUUGAGUUGUGAAUACAACAACAUUUAUAAAUCAGCAACAUGGACGAAGAUAAAUAAGACGGAAAAUAAUAUGACAAGAACAAAGGUGACAGACAAUGCACAAUGUAACCAAACUGCAUCUUCUGAAGCCAACAAUUGUACACUAAAGUUUUCUUCAGUCACUUUCAAUGACACCGGGCUCUAUUUCUGUAGUGUGGAUGAUGAUGACUCCUUUGGCACCUACUUACGUGUUAUCAGUCUACCUUCUAAACGAAUUCUGAACUUGAACGAGGAUGCAAAGAACAAAAUCAUCACCAUUCAGGGAGUGAUUCUUUUUCUUUGUGUCAUCAUACCAGGACUCAUCAUGCUCAUCAACGCAAGACGGAACAUCAAAAUAUUCACAAAAAUAAAACACAAGGAAGAAGAUGAUGACAAUCUUUAUGAGGGUCUGAACUUGGAUGACAUGAACUCUAUGUACCAUGACAUCUCCCACAGCAAAGCUCACAGCCCAUACCAGGAUGUGGGUAGAAUGCACAGCUCUGAUAGCCAGCUGGAAAAACCAUGAUUCAGUGAAGAAGACGCCAAAUGCUAAACUCCCCUUGCACUGACUCGCCCCACCUAAAAAAUCCGGAGCCUGAUUGGCUCAGCUGAGUGCAGAUACUUUGACCCUUGACCUUGAAUCCCAGCUGCCAGACUGAACCAAAGUUUUGUGGAACUGCUGCUUUUGAGCACUCUGAUAACUCCUGUUUCACCUUUUCCAAGAUUUCUUAAUUUCCAUGAUGCAACAGUGCCUAGAGCCAGCCUGAUAAUGUAAUACUUAGCUUUUAUAUAGUACAUGUGCAGUGUGCAAGCUAAUUAAAAUGAAUUAGACCAACAUGAUUUUGGGUAUUAUUUUAAAUUUCAACCACACAAUCAGCUGUAGAUUAUAUAAAUCUGGCCAUUGCUUCUUCAAUAUUGCAGUCCCUGUUGAGGAGAAAUUAACCUUCCUCUUCAUACAGUCUGUUUUGCCGGAAGGUGAGCAGUAACUGAAUGUGUAUACUGGGUCAUCUUUAAAUUAAUCAAAAGCUCAUGUACUAUUAGGUGAAAUUUUUAGGAUUAUCCCCACUUUUUUUAUCACAGAUAUGACGCUUUACCUGUUGUGAAGGGUUCCCAAGCUUUAUUAUUUGUAUUGUCAUUCACACAUUCAAGGGCUGGUGCUUCUGCCUUACAGCUUCACAAGACUGGGUUCAAAUUCUGACUUGGUUGGUGUUUGUGUAGAAUUUGCCACUUCUCUUUGUCUAUGUGUGUUUAGGUGCUCCAGUUUGUUUCUCACACCCUAAAAAUGUGCAUGUUAUACUUACUGGCUACUCAAAAUGUUACUGAGUAAGGAUAUGCAGGCAAAUAUUUACUUCCCCCUUAGGCACUGAUAACUACCUUGGCACUAUAUGCUACCAUAGUGAACACCAAUGCUCCCAAAUGUAAAACUAGAAAAUGAAAUUCUAAAAAUUAAUAGAUGGUUAAAGGUAAGCAUUUGAAAUGGCCCAUGAAUCUUAACAACAUUCAGAAACAUAUGGAAAUGGGGUAAAUUUUGUAGCAUGUAAAAACUUCCUUUUUUCUAAAUCUGCUUAUGUUACUCUUUUAAAUACUCAGCUAACUCCUUCUUAGCUUUCUGAAGUCAAUGAACUCUGUUGCAUUGAGAACCACAUGAAUGGCAUUGAGGUUCUUGCUAGCUUUGAAAGAGGAAUGCCAGCCUUCUGUCCCAGACACACCUCCUGACUGCAUCAUCUUUUAUUUCUUUGUUUCCUUUGUGGGCAAUGCCAAGAAAUUGUACUGCAACAUCGCAUCAACAUGAACUUUAGGAAAGUGAUAAAUACAGAACAGCUACUGUACAUUGAAGACAAAAUUAGGGAAGUUAAAGAAGCAACUAAUUAGGAAGUUAACAGAAAAUAGCUUAUAUGACACAAUAAUAAACCCUCAUUUCAUUUCUCAUCUCAUUUUUCUGGACCGCAGACUUCCCUUUCCCUAUAAACUGUCACCAGUGGGUUUGUUGAGAUUCCCUGGCACUUUUAGGGCAGUGGCACUCAGAAUUUUGGAGUCCACAACCAAGGUGUUAUAUAUCAGCAAGGAAUUUUAUUCCAGGCUCAAAUACAAUUUUGUGAAUUGUAUUAUUAUUUCUGUUCUUUGU